CAAUAUUUAACCGUGCAAAGGCGAUGAUCCACUUUAUUGACGUUGGCAGGAAUACUUUAUUUUGUGGCUGGACUUUGUGUUUUGGGUUUGUGGUUUUUGAUAUGGUUUUAUUCUUGUUUUAUUUGAUUUAUUAGGUCCUCGACACGCAAAUCACUUCAUUUUAUUCCGUACAGUCUAUGAAAUAAUCACUCGAAGAUGCUAUAUCCAAUAUUCGCCAUAAUUCUGUGCCAUGAUUUGACGACAUCUCAUUUGUAUGUAUAUAUUUACAGAGUGAAUGAUCCAUGCUCUUCAAAGACCCAUAUAAUCCACCCCAACAGCCUCAACCUAGUACCCUUGGAACUCUGUCGGAAUGAAACAGACCAACUGAAUGAUUCAUAUUCCAUAUCGUCGAUCAUGUUUCACACACUGCUCAACGUCUUCCCAACCAUGGUUCCGCCCGCUCUUGGCUCGCCUGACGUCAACAGUAGAGUGGAUUGUAUUUAUACACAACUCACUGGAAGCCCCGGAAGACAUAUUCUAGACCAUCUAUUAUCGCACGUCAAUUGUAUUGCCACUUUAUAUCAUCGAUGGAGGAUGUUGCAUCUGGUCGGUUUGGAUUCAUGUUCCUGUCUUUUGGGCGAGGCAUUAUUCCCGUUUGGACUUAGCCUAGACUCAGUCGAUGAUGGGUUAUGAUUGAUUGCUGUGAUCUAUUGGACAUAACAGUCGUAGAUUGAUUCUGUAUAGAUGAUGUAUACGUUGGAUUCUGGCUCACCUUGAAGGUAUAUCCAGGGAGCAAAG